AUGCGCGCCGCAGCGGACUGUGCCGCCUUCUACGCCGCGCUGCAGAGGCCGCUACCGGUUGCGUUCCGCGUGGUCGGCGCAGACGCGAAGUCUGAGCACAUUCGGCGCAGCAGCGAGACUGGCUUGCUAAUUCGUCAGGAAGUGGUUUCGAUGUUGCCCGUCCAACUCCUCAGCACCGUGCUGCCCGCGGGUCCGCUCACACUGCUGGAUCUUUGCGCAGCGCCCGGCAGUAAGACGUCGCAGCUGCUGGAGCUUCUAAGCGCUCGUCCGACUGCAGACCGCGAAGAGAGUCUCGUGGUCGCAAACGAUCUCAGCCCCAGCCGCGUAUACAUGCUGCUGCACCGGCUGCGCUACCUGAUCCAGCCGUGCUUACUAGCGACGCGCGAAGACAGCUCGGCGUUUCCGUUUUUGAAGCAGGCAGACGGAACCGAGGUCCAGUUCAGCGGCGUCAUUGCUGACGUGCCUUGCAGCGGCGACGGCACCUACAGAAAAACCGCGCGAUUGGGGAACACCUGGAGAGUACUCAAGGCGAUGAAACUACACAGUACGCAGCUCAAAAUUGCGAAGCGAGCAGCCGCACUCGCCAAGGUCGGCGGGCACGUGUUGUACAGCACCUGCAGUCUGAACCCCGUCGAGAACGAAGCGGUCAUAGACGCGCUCGUGCACUUGGCUGAGGGCGCGCUGGAAGUCGUAAAGACGCAGGUGGAAGGCUUCGCGCACCGCAGCGGCUUGGUGCGCUGGCCCGUUAUGCUCGAGGGAAAGCCGUACUUCGACAGCAAAAGCGUCCCGCCCGAGACGCAGAAGCUGCACAACGUUCCGUCAACGGUUUUCGCUACAGGCAACCCUGCGCUCGCCAACUGCCUCCGGUUCUACCCACAUGACAACGACUCAGGCGGGUUUUUUUGCUGUUUGCUUCGCAAGAAAUCUGCGGUGCCAUGGGAAGAAGCUGUGCGCGCGGCUUCGGCAAACAGAAUGACUGAAGCGUGA